AUGGAUUUGGCAAACAAGGCUAGAUUCAACACAGUAGUGCGGGUCACUCGAUCACAACUCCUUAGCGGCCGGCAAGCCCCAGUCGAUGACAAUGGCCUCGAUGAAUGCAUCCGCUUCCAUUUAGAGUACAUGAAUUAUGAAAUACUUGAUCAAGUCAAUUAUAUCGAUGGUGGAGACUUGUAUGUAGGCCUUUUCAAGGAUGUAGCUGGUGCCCUGCCGAACAGUGAGGAAGCCUUCCAAGUUACACUCAAGACGAUGGACGUAUUUGACCCUGACUUUUUCAGGCGGAUUAGCAACCGCCAAUUCACCUUGUGGCUCAUAAAUACUGGCGAGCACUGGGCAUCAAUCGUGUUGCAUGUGCAGGGUGGUCAAGUCGUAAAUUACGCGAUUAACGAGUCCGGGAGACGGCUAGUGCUCAUCAACCUCAUAGACAACCGUUUACGGCGGCUGCUUGCAAUCGGCGGCGUUGCUAUACUUCCCGUACAAAACCAGAUAAAAGAUAUAUGGUUUCCCACCCAACUGGACGGCUUCACUUGUGGUCUCCGGACGUACGAGAUCCUUCGAGUGAUGAUAGAGCGCAUUAAUGAGCGCUACCACCUCCACGGCGUAGAUGACUUGUACGAUGACAGCCUCUGGGACCCCAUGUCGGGCGACUUCCAGCCAAGUAAAGUCCGGCAGCUAAUGAUGGGGAUAUGCGCAUGUAGGGCCAUGAAACACCAGAACUACAAGGCGAGGCUAUCGGUCACUCCUCGAGAGCGGAUCCGUGGUUUCAAGGGCCCUCGGUACGUGAGGAGACUAGACGCAUUUGACGGGCUGGAGCCUGUCCAAAUGCAGCCAGGAAAUGCCGCCCAGGCCCAGCAGGCUGGGCGUCGUGCAAAGAGGCUUACGCUCGACGCGAACGACGACCUUCAAGACGUUACUGAUCUACCAAGACAGGCACCAAGCCGAGCAACGCGUGCGGCAACAGGUGGUCCGCACUUCGGAUUUCUUAGGUGA